AUGAGUUCAUUUGAGGAAGUUUCGUGUUUCGGGAAAGACGACGAAAGCGAUACGGGCGACCACUGGAUUGUUGUAUGCAGCAGCGAUGAAUGGAUGAGAAGGGAUGCUGUGAAGCUAAAGCAUGAAGAUACUGGCAAGUAUUUGUCAACGAGCGGUGAGCAGUAUGGGAGGCCCAUAAGUGGUCAAUUCGAAGUGGUGGCCCUUUCAACAACCAGGAAUGCGGCAUUGUGGAAAACAGCCGAAGGCAUUUUUAUGGUACGCUCCGAUCCUCCGAAAUAA